UGUCUGCUAGCGCUACGGAACAGGCAACUUGGGUUCGCGGGGCGCGCAAGGGGAGGCCGAUAUUGUGGUACCGAUAGCACGCUAUACCAGCCGCCGGCAUGCAAACAGUAUCAGCUGGAAAGAAGAGUCAAUGAUAUCACCUCCCCUUCGUUCCAAAUACACUAAAAUGUAUAGUUACACUGUACCAUACCUUCACAGAAUGUUGGGAGUGCUCACAAAAACUAAAAUGUCGAUUGGAGCGUGCUCUUUGAUAGCAUUUUUAGUUCGUCUUUUGCUCAUUCUUUAUGGAGAAAUUCAAGACAGGCUGAUGGUUGUCAAAUACACAGACAUUGAUUACCAUGUUUUCACAGAUGCUGCAAGUUAUGUUAUGCAGGGUCAGUCGCCAUACGAACGAGCAACCUAUAGAUACACACCGAUCUUAGCGUUCAUGUUGACACCAAAUAUCUGGCUCUCACCGCUGUUUGGAAAACUUCUUUUCUGCGUCUUUGACAUUGUGGCGGGCAUUCUAAUCUAUGACAUCAUUCGGAUCCAGUCCUAUAGUGUCUCCACGGCAACAAAGGGGGCCCUCCUGUGGCUGUUCAACCCACUCACCGCCGCAGUGUCCAGCCGUGGCAAUGCUGAAUCCAUCAUGGCUGUACUUGUUCUGCUAGUCCUACGAUGUCUCUUGAAACGACAAACUAAGCUCUGCGCUCUCUUCCUGGCUGUGGCUGUCCAUUUUAAAAUUUACCCAUUGACUUAUUGUUUGCCAAUAUACUUCUGUGUCAAGUUACCGGAGAAGAGAUUGAUCCAGCGUAAAUUGCGGACAAAAUGGAAUAACAUCCAGGAGAAAUUUUUGGAUAUGUUCUGUCCAACAAAAGAGAGGAUAGAGCUUGUAGCUGUAUUCAUUGCAUCAUUUGUUGCUGUGACUGCUGUUAUGUAUCAGAUGUAUGGUGACGACUUUCUAUCAGAGGCCUACUUCUAUCACGUAACCAGGCGGGAUGUCAGACACAACUUCUCCCCAUUUUUCUACAUGCUCUACCUAACUUCAGAGUGGCCUUCAUCUUUCCUUAUAGGUCUCCUGGUCUUUGUUCCUCAGGUCAUUCUCCUAGUAGCAUUCUCACUCAUAUACUACAGAGACAUCACCUUCUGCUGUUUUGCUCAUACCUUUGUCUUUGUGACCUUCAAUAAAGUCUGUACAUCUCAGUAUUUUUUGUGGUACCUGACUCUAUUACCUGUCAUCUUGCCAGCCACUAUCAUGUCUAUCAAGGAAGGACUUGGUCUGAUUACUGCUUGGUUCCUAGCCCAGGCUCUAUGGCUCCUACCAGCAUAUUACCUUGAAUUUGAGGGAAUGGAUACCUUCCUCUUCAUCUGGUUAGCUGGACUAGUCUUCUUCAUCACCAAUGUCUAUAUUUUGGUUCGCCUAAUUCUUACGAGAGAAACAUGUAAAGAAGGCAAAUGCCUCAAAACUUGCUAGCAGGUCAUUGAACAUUAGACUUAAUCCCAUUGACUGCUGAGUUCUGUGAUUCCUGUGGGAUUCAUACGGGGACUGCCACUUCCAGUAGGCAAUGGGUUAACCUGUUUGCUGCUGAAUUCUGUGAUAACUUGAGGCUUUUGUACAAAUACAUCUGAUUCUCAUAGGCAAUGGGUUAACAUGUUGACUACCAGAUUCUGUAAUUUCCAUAGGCCUUGUGUGGGGCACUACCCGAUGCUAGGAGGCAACAGACCUGUUUGACUACUGAAUUCUCUGAUUCCCAUAGCGUUUGUUCACUAUUCAUCUGAUGGGUGUUUCAUAAAGUUGUUCCCAAGUUCUGAUUGACUCUACGCACAACUGGUGACCCUUUCUUGGGUUAUUUGUUUUAAUAACAAAAAUGAUAAUAGCUUGAUUUGAAUAGUGCUUUUGGCCUGAGGAUACCAGGCGCUUUCUAUAGUGUUAUAGCUACAGUGGAGGGCAGUGGUCGGCCCAACCGGCACAGAAGAUUUCUGACCACCACUCAUGAAAAACACUGCAUCCGUCCACCACUAAUUUCAGAUGAAAAGUGUUUCAAACACAACUUCUUGCAAAGAGGAGUUGCACUUUGGGUUCAUUUUCAUCUUUAAUCUUUUUUUUGCAUAAUUUACAGUAAACAUUCUUACAUCUUAGAUUUGCUAAUGUCAGAUUGAUGUUCCUAUACUUCUGGCUUUAAGACCACUAACUCAGCCUGAACAAAAUCUUGCCAUAAAAUAGCAACCCCCACUAAAAUUGGUCUAGCUAGAGGACUGAUUACAUUGGAAGUGAAAGAACUUCUAUUUUUAAUUUGUUUAAAGUAAAGCUCUAUUUAUUAAACUUUGUUUUACAGA